UCAUAGCAGUAUAGUAAAGAAUGAAGUACUUGUUACUAGUAGCAAUGAAUGUGGUGAUACUACAGCAACAAUUAUGAUUGAUUUAUUAAGGUCAUCUGAUGCUGGAGACUAUCAGUGCAUUGUUAAUAUCACUCAAUCUGAUACCGGCUAUCAAUUUAGUGGAACGAAAACUGCCCAAGUGAUAAUAACAUUACCAACUCCUUCAGUUAUUGUUGAGUAUAAUGCUACUGGGCAUUUAGUAGAUGGAGAACUUGUAGAAGGACAGUUUCUUGAUAUUAUGUGUAUAGCUGACAUAAGUCAAUAUAUUGAUACUAGAUCUAGUGUUAGUGUUACUAUGAGUUGGAGGAGAAAUAACACUGUACUGACCAAUGGAAGUGAUUUUACUAUCAGUCCUCCAGUUAUGACUAAUAAUCAGUACACUGGUGUGUUACGUAUUAAUAGUUUAAGAGAUGAGCUUGAUAAUGGUGCUAGUUAUAAUUGUUCAGUUAGUGUCACCCCUGGUCCAUCUUUAAUAGCAGGGAAUGAUAAUAGCAGUGCAGUUACAUUAACUGUAGCAAGGUUUGAUGUCAAUCAUGUUGAUAUAAGUAUCAAAACUCCUGUUCCUGUUGCUGGUAAUGUAUUCAAUUUAUCUUGUGUCAUAGUUGUACCUCCUAAUUUUGUUGAGGAUCUUACUAGUGUCAGAUGGACUUAUGAUUUAGCGGCAUCUCAAGAUGUGACCAGUGAAAACAAUGAUGCUACAUUAGUACCUGUUGAUAGAAAUGGAAAUAUAUUCACCAGUGUACUUACACUUGAUCCAGUGAAGACAACUGAUGCUAGACAAUAUUACUGUCAAGCAGCAUUUAUUGCAUUUGGCACUGUAGAUCGUACUAAUAAAGAUUUAGUUGUUCAAAUAUCUCCUCCCAGUGUAUCAAUAGUUGCUGAUCCUCCAACUGGUCCAAUAUAUGAGAGUACAGGUUACUUACUAACCUGUACAGCUACAGUAGACACUACAAUAGUGAAUAUACCAGUAACUGCUAGUGUAGUAUGGACUGAUCCUAGUGGUAAUGUAAUACCAACUAAUGAAGCAAGACGUCAAGUGAUACCUCCAACUGGUAACAGUCUUAUAAGCAUGCUAUUGUUUCAACCUAUUGAUACUGGUCAUAAUAAUGAUGGAGGAACAUAUACCUGUCAAAUGACUGUCAAUUCUGGUAACUCAUUAAUAGCAUCAAGUCAAACUACUAAUACUACCCUUGAUAUUACAGUUGAAAGCCUUCCUCCAAUGACAGUAGAUUUCUCAUCAGUUGGUUCAGUUGAAGUUGGUCAGAGUCUAACAAUACUAUGUACCAUAAUAACAAUUGAGAGAUUAGUAGUAACACCAUUGAUUACUGUAAUUAAAAUGAAUGAUACAGAUAUGGAAGUAAUCUCCAAUAAACUAUACACCAUCACAACAGAUGAAACUGGUUCAGUUACUAACUAUGCUCUAAUACUGGACCCAGUGAGGUUUGAAGAUGCUGGAAUGUAUACAUGUAUGGCUGAGUUUAAUGUAACUGGUUAUAAUAACACUGAUGAUCCUAGCACUGCUACAUAUGAUUCUCAAGAAGCUAGUGAUGUUUAUAAUUUGACUGUUCACUUUCCACCAGUGAUUGUUACUAUAGCAAAGGAACGUGAUGAUACAUUAUAUGCAGGGACAUCAUUCUUCAUUAAAUGUGACAUAAUGUUAGAUCCAUUAGUUACUAUACCAGUGACUGUCACUAAUCAAUGGACACGUGAUGGUACUAAUGUUCCUAUGGGUUCAUCUGAUGCUACUAUUACUGAGGGUCUCAAUAUGAUCAAUACAUUACAUUAUAAUGCAACAUUAAUGUUCUAUCCAUUGGAUAAUGCUGAUGAUAGUGGAAUGUAUACUUGUAACGUUGAAGUGACUGCUCCUAAUAGUUACACAUACCUCAGGAGUACAUCAGCUUCUAUUACAGUGAUGGCUAUUCCAAGGCCAGUAGUAGAGAUAGUAGCUAUGGGUAUCACUGAACCUGGUGAAGAAUACAUGUUAAAUUGUACAGUGACAGUUCUUGAUAGACUUAUAGUCUCACCAGUGAUAAUAUGGACUAAGAGAUCAGCUAGCAAUGUUAUUAAUGUACCUCCAGUUCUUAUGAAUAUAUCUAAUGUGUUGAGUUCUCUUUAUUUAAGAUUCUCUUCUCUCAAUACUUCUGAUGCUGGUCUGUAUACUUGUGAAGCAUCUAUUAACAUAAGUCAGAUACCCAUAGUAGCAAGGAGUAAUGACACAUCAAAAUUGCCAUUAAAAAUUCCCAUUCCAGCUGUUGAUGUAAGCCGAUCAAGAGAUAGUAAUUUCUUAGCUGGCAGUAACUUGAUACUAACAUUACCAACUCCUUCAGUUAUUGUUGAGUAUAAUGCUACUGGACAAUUAGUAGAUGGAGAACUAGCAGAAGGACAGUUUCUUGAUAUUAUGUGUAUAGCUGACAUCAGUCAAUAUAUUGAUACUGGUGUUAGUGUUACUUUGACUUGGAGGAGAAAUAACACUGUACUGACCAAUGGAAGUGAUUUUACUAUCAGUCCUCCAGUUAUGACUAAUAAUCAGUACACUGGUGUGUUACGUAUUAAUAGUUUAAGAGAUGAACUUGAUAAUGGUGCUACUUAUAAUUGUUUAGUUAGUGUGACUCCUAAUACUCCUAUCAUAAUAGCAGGGAAUGAUAAUAGCAGUGCAGUUACAUUAACUGUAGCAAGGUUUGAUAUCAAUCAUGUUGAUAUAAGUAUCAAUAUUUCUUCUGUUCCUGUUGCUGGUGAUGUAUUCAAUUUAUCUUGUGUUAUAGUUGUACCUCCUAAUUUUGUUGAGGAUCUUACUACCGUCAGAUGGACUUAUAAUUUAGAGGUGUCUCAAUUUGUGACUAGUGAAAACAAUGAUGCUACACUAGUACCUGUUGUUCGAAAUGGAAGUAUAUUCACCAGUGUACUUACACUUGAUCCAGUGAAGGCAACUGAUGCUAGACAAUAUUACUGUCAAGCAACAAUUCUAGUAUUUGGUACCGUAGAUCGUACUAACAGGGAUUUAACUGUUCAAAUAUUUCCUCCCAGUGUAUCAAUAGUUGCUGAUCCUCCAACUGGUCCAAUAUAUGAGAGUACAGGUUACUUACUAACCUGUACAGCUACAGUAAACACUACAAUAGUGGAUACACCAGUAACUGCUAGUGUAGUAUGGACUGAUCCUAGUGGUAAUGUAAUACCAACUAAUGAAACAAGGCGUCAAGUGAUACCUCCAACUGGUAACAGUCUUGUAAGCAUGCUAUUGUUUCUACCUAUUGAUACUGGUCUUAAUAAUGAUGGAGGAACAUAUACCUGUCAAAUGAUCAUCAAUUCUGGUAGCUCAUUACUAGCAUCAAGUCAAGCUACUAAUACUACCCUUGAUGUUACAGUUGAAAGUCUUCCUCCAAUGACAGUAGAUUUUUCAUCAGAUGGUUCAGUUGAAGUUGGUCAAAGUCUAACUAUAACAUGUACCAUAAUAACAGUUGAGAGAUUAGUAGUAACACCAUUAAUUUCUUUCUUUAAAUUGAAUAAUACAGAUAUAGAUGUGCUCUCAAAUUUAAAUAGACCAUACAGUAUCACAAUAGAUGAAACUGGUUCAGUUACUAACUAUACUCUAAUACUGGAUCCAGUGAGGUUUGAAGAUGCUGGAAUGCAUACGUGUAUGGCUGAGUUUAAU